CGAGGGUAAUAAUAUUCAUGUAUUACCUUUUCAAUUUAAUUGAAAUUAACUGUGCCAGAGAACUUGCUGUAGGUUGAGAACGACAUACCCUAUUUUAACCCAAGAAUUAAGACACCCAGCGGCAUCAGAGGACAUAGGACUCAGAAGAUAGCAGCCAUGCCGACCCGAUCCAGAAGUUCGAGGAGUUCAAAGACGAGGACCAGUCGCAGAACCAGCAAGAGCAGUAGCAGGAGUCGAAGUAGAUCACGUGGACGUAGCCCAGCACGUGGACGUAGCCCAGCACGUGGACGUAGCCCAGCCCGUACAAAGACAACAGUGAAACCAGCAACUCCAAAUCGUACAUUGAACCCAGCAAAAGUGUCGACACCUACAAGAAUGUCUGCUAGACUUGCCACAUUGGGCAAGGACGUUUCACCAGAGGUUGAACGGAAGAGUCCUGUUGUUACAGAGAAAAGCAGUAAGAAAUCUACACAUUCUCACGAGUUUGGAGGCCCACUGGGUGCAACUUUGAUGAUCUUUUUCCUGCCAGCUACUAUGUUCUACGUCAAUAUGGCCUGUACUAAGAAGAGUUGUUCAAUUCAGAAAAUCCCCCCCUGUCCAGGCAAGUUGUCUGCUUUCUUCGACCUGGAAGCCACCCUGAUUUUCCUUGGCUGGUUUGCUUUCCAAGCUGUUCUCUACAUGUUGCCAGUUGGUCCAGUGGUUCAGGGUCCAAGGGUUAUUGUUGGAAAUCACCAGAGCCUGAAAUAUAGGUGUAAUGGUUUCUUCGCCUAUGUUGUCAGUAUUCUUGCAUUCUGUGUGGCCCUGUACUUUAAAGUUCCUGUGACUAUCGUCUACGAUAAGUUCCUACAGCUAGCAACCUCCGCAGUUGUAUUCUCUUUCCUGCUAUCACUAUUUAUCUACAUCAAGGCCAGACGAGCUCCAGCCAGUGCUCUUGCUCCAGGUGGAAACACAGGCUGUUGGCCGUAUGAUUUCUUCAUGGGACACGAGCUCAACCCUCGCAUCGGAUUGUUUGACUUCAAGUUUUUCUGUGAAAUGAGGCCUGGGCUUAUAGGCUGGGUGAUGAUCAAUCUUGUGUUCCUAGUCAAGGAUUUCCAGGAGAAUGGACAGCUUAAUCCAUCUCUAGCAGCUGUUGCUUUCUUCCAAGCUUUGUACAUUGCUGAUGCCCUCUGGUUUGAGGAGGCAAUUCUCACCACGAUGGACAUCAUCUACGAAGGCUUUGGGUUCAUGCUGAGUUUUGGUGACCUUGCCUGGGUACCCUUCCUCUAUUGCCUCCAAGGACGCUACCUCUUAGAGCAUCCCCUUCAGCUGCCCUGGUACUGCCUAAUGGCCAUUGUCUUCCUUAAUGGUGCUGGAUACUACAUUUUCCGUGGCAGCAACUCCCAGAAGAAUGAGUUCAGAAAAAAUCCAAAUAAUCCUGCCUUGGCUCAUCUUGAAUCUAUCCCAACCAGCCGUGGAAAGAGACUGCUAGUGUCCGGUUGGUGGGGCCUGUGUCGCAAACCCAACUAUCUUGGUGACAUCAUCAUGUCUAUUGCCUGGUCCCUGCCUUGCGGUUUCUCCAGUAUCCUUCCCUACUUCUACCCCAUCUAUUUCUUCAUCCUCCUAGUUCAUCGAGAGAGACGUGACAGCAACAUAUGUCAGAAGAAAUACCGGGCAUCAUGGGACAAGUACUGUGAAAGAGUACCCUACCGGAUCAUUCCGUAUGUGUACUAGGGCUUAAGAAUCAACGGGACCAACAUUUCAUUUCAUAGAGAUUAUGUUUGAUUAGCCUGAUCCAUGUUGUUAUUGUUCAACUCAAGUUUUUAUUGUAUUUGCUUUCUUUCAUGGUCAUAUUGAAUGGUGCAUGUACAAAAUAUGUAUGAAUACAGUUUCUGGUUUUGUGACGUGAAAAGUUGUAACUUCACUUCAAUUACAACUUAAAGCAUGUAUGUUUGCGAAAAUGGUAAAAAAGCUUGUAAUAGUUUUGAAUAUGUAUAAAGAUAAGAUCUCAGGAAUGGGGAAAUGUACUUUAUAUAUCGAUUACCUUCUAGACAAUCAUAAUCAUAAUCAUAAAUUUUCAAAGAUGAAUCCUAAAUUUUGGCUUUAACACAAUCAUGUGUUUUUUUCAGAGAUUUUAGGAAGGCAUAAUAAAACUAUUAAACUAUUUGCCAACAAUGUUCACAAUGCAUUAGUGAAAUUGAAUGCAGUUAAGCUUUUGCACUUAUAAUGCUUCUAGCCAGGUUUCAUAUUGAUCUCAUACAAUAACGUAUAGUGCUUACCUCCCAUUUCAGGAAUGGCUAAAGGUUAUAUUAAAGUAUGUAUUUACCAAUAUUUACAUUUAAUUUGGUAAAUCAAUAGUCAACCUUUAAAAUCUUAAUGAGAUGAAACAGUUGAUUAAAUUUCGUACACUGUUUAUUAUGCUUUUGAAUAUCAGCGUUGCAUGUUUUGUUUUGGUGUUAACACUUUAGUGACAGUUUUGAUUCCAGAGUUUUUUGUAGCAAAAUGCCUUAACGUACAUGAAUAAACCUUCAAAGAUCAUGGCUAAAAGGCAAGUGCGGUAGCACUUAAUGUAUAUGUGUAGAUUUGUACAUUAGUAUUAUUAACUUAUUCAAAAUUAGCUGAUAAGUUAGUUUCACUGCAAAGGUUUUUAACUCUAUUGUUCAGCUUUUAUUUUGUGAAAUUUUAACAAUACAAUGAUAUUAAUCUCCUUAUAUCUCCUUUUAGAAAAUAUUUUAUUCCUGGUCUUACAACCUUUCAGUAUUUUGUUUUACUUUGUAAUUUCUUGUAAAUAUCUUGUAUCCAGUAACUAGCAUUUGUUUACAAAAUACUUACUAAUGUCAACAUUGAUAUUUGUGUGUGCAAUUUCUUAGAAUUAACGAAGUUGCAUUUUUACGGAUUUCUUAAGGUCUAUUGAAAUUGAAUGAUAAGGCAAUUCUUAUUCAUAAUUCAAGUUUUAUGAUACAGUGUUUAAAUUUUGCUCAUUGAAUUCUUUAUCUUUCAAUACAAACAAUACAAUUGUAAUAUUAUAUGAAAUCAUAUGUCAGCAUUUAUUACAUCCAAACAAGUCACAACAUUCUAGAAUAAAUAUACAUAUAAUGGUAGGGUAUAUGAGAUAAUUUAGUUACUAAUAUAUGAUAUAGGGCUAUCUUGAAAUUUGUUUUGGAAGAAAGAUUGUUAAAAUUUUCAAUGGUCAUUUCUGUGUGUCUUAUUUCAAUGGCAAUUGAAUAUUUUAAAUCAUGUUCACUCUAAAUGUCAAACUUCAAGUUGUCUACCAAAGUCUGUAAAUAAAAUUAUUUUUACAA